UCUAUCUCUCUCUGCCUCUCAAAAAUAAAGAAAUGUAAUAAAAAUUAAAAAAAAAAGAAAUGUAUGUUUGAUCCUUAUGUCUAUUCCUAGAUGCAAAGAGAUUCCUAGAUGAAAAGAGCUGAUGAUCAGUGGAUACCCUGGGAUGGUUGCCUACUGGAGCUGAAUUACACCCUGAACUUUUAGCUGUGGGACCUGUGCUAGUGAAGGCUUCUUGGUGGAAUGCCUUGCUGGUCAGAAUUGGCUGUGUGCGAGGAUAGCUGCCUCCAGUGUGCCUGUGUGAAGCAUACUCAGAAGGCCAGCUUUUCUUUUUUUUAAGUUUAUGUAUGUAUGUAAUCUCUACACCCUACGUGGGGCUUGAACUCACAGCCCCAAGAUCAAGAGUCACAUGCUCUUCCAACUGAGCCAGACAGGCUCCCCAGAAGGCCAACUUUUCUUGAUUCUGACCCAAAAUAAGGUGUUUUGUUUUAUCUAUGAUAUGGGCCUGAUGUAGACCUUAGCUAAUAAGACAACAAGAUGGGGGAUGUAUCUAUUCCCCCAAAUUCCGAAGAAAAAUUCACUUACGUACAUUCACAUCAUAUUGUAUACUUCAGAGGCGGCUUCUAGGACCUACUGAAGCUUAUUGUCUAGCAGUCCAUGGACUCCGCGGACUCCAAGGGAAGAAUGCAGACAAUCAAAUGUGUGGUCGUAGGUGAUGGGGCUGUAGGUAAGACCUGCCUCCUCAUCAGUUACACAACAAAUGCUUUUCCUGAAGAGUAUAUCCCCACCGUCUUUGACAACUACAGUGCCCAGACAUCUGUGGACGGCCAAAUUGUCAGCCUGAACCUGUGGGACACAGCUGGCCAAGAGGAGUAUGACCGACUGCGAACGCUGUCCUACCCCCAGACCAAUAUCUUUGUCAUUUGUUUUUCUAUUGGUAACCCAUCGUCGUAUGCCAAUGUGAGGCAUAAGUGGCACCCAGAGGUCUCUCAUCAUUGCCCCAAUGUACCUGUCCUGCUGGUAGGCACCAAGAGGGACCUGCGGAAUGACAUUGAGACAGUGAAGAAGCUGAAGGAACAGAGCCUAGUGCCCACAACUCCUCAGCAAGGCACUUCCCUGGCUAAGCAGGUGGGGGCUGUGAAGUAUCUGGAAUGUUCAGCCCUGAUGCAGGAUGGGGUCCAUGAGGUAUUUUCAGAAGCUGUCCGCGCUGUGCUUUACCCUGCCACAAAGAAGAACACCAAGAAGUGUGUCCUCUUAUAGCUUUCAGGGUGCUACUUGGGGACUGCACCUAAGGAGAAUGAGGGGGAUUCCUUUGAUAGCAUUUAACAAUGCCAGCACAAGCGAUUUGUCUCUUUUCCUAGAACUCGUAAGCUCCAGGUUGUUGGGCUUUUGGAGGAACAAAGACAGCCUAGUUUGUACAUGGCUGCUUUGAAGUUUGAUCUGAAUCUUCUGGAGGAAGUUUGGGGAGAGAGAGAGAGACUGACUUUUACCUCUAAAUUUAGCUUUCCUACUUAUAUUUACCAUUGAGCAAGUGCCUCACAGAAGGACAAGUGUCUACAGUUUUCAGAUCAUUGCCUUAAACUUUCUAAUAUGCUAAUUUUGGAAAAGCAUUUUAUAUGUGAUUCCUGGGUGUUCCCAGUAUUGGCAUGUUCUUCCCAUUCUUGAGAUCAGAUAUUUUUGCAAAAAAUGGUUAAGCAGCAUUUUUCAAAGUUCUGUGAGAUACUAAUAGAUGUUCCUUAAAAGGGUUCUGUGGUCAAGUAAGUCAGGAACCAGUGAUUUUUUUUUUUCAGUUUUUGUUUAAAUGCCAGUUACCAUACAGUAUAAUAUUAGUUUCAGGUGUACAAUAUGGUGAUUGAACACAUCUGCACAACACCUGGUGCCUAUCACAACAAGUUCACCCCUUAACCCCCAUCACCUAUUUAACCCAGCUCCCCACCCACCUCCCUUCUGGUAACCCGUGAUUUAAAUAAAGCUGAAUAGGUUCCUCUACUGCAGGAAUUUAUAACUUUCAAUAA